CUAAUCUCCAUUCUUCCUCCUCAUCAUCAUCAUCACCGUCAUCGUCAUCCUCUUUACUUCCAGCAUUCCUUUUUAAAUUAUUAUCCAAUCAAAAUAAUCCAUCUUAUCAGAACAGUAUUGAAUUACAUAAUCAUUAUUUUAUUAAUAAUAAUAAUAAUAAUAAUAAUAAUAAUAAUAAUAAUAAUAAUAAUAAUAAUGAGCAUUUCUUCGCAAAAUCUUAUGAACAUUUAAAUUCCAAUGGUAGUACACCAUACUUGACAGAUGAGGAUAUUUAUUGAUCAACUGGAAAUAUCACACACAGCUUUAGCGCCUUUGUAAAUAAAUGAACAAUUGAACAUUGAACACCACAAUCCAUUGUACAUAAAUAACUAUCAACAUUAUUAUUGUAUAUAAAUUAUUAUUAUUUUUUUUUUGAUUCCAUGAAAUAUUUGA